AUGCAUUUCGUCCGGCAACUGAACAACAUCACGAGAGACUCGGGCAAAUCGGUGAAACUCAACUGUGAGGUGACUGGUGAGCCGCCCCCACUUAGAAUCCAAUGGUACAUGAACGAGGUGCCGAUCGGAGGAUCAGACGGCGCCGGCGGCGGUGGUGGUGGUGACGGCGGGAACAGUGAGAAAAAGUCUAAGCCCCGACUGACGGUCAAGCGAUUUCAGUCCAGGCACAAGAACGGACUUGGGUCUAGGUUGCGAAUCAACAAGCUGGAGGUGCACGACAAAGGAUUUUUCACGUGCAAGGCCACGAACGGCAUUGAGGAAAUACAGUCUACCGCAAUACUCAUUGUCAAAGUCAACCGUUUCA